GGGGCUGGAUAACAGGGCUUCCCAUUGGUCGCUCGCGUAAUCCCGCCCCGGCUGCUCGCUGAUUGGUCGCGCGGAGCCAACCGUCGGCGUUUGAAUUCACGGGCGCGGCGGCGGCGACUACCGUACUCGGUUACCCGGACUCGACCCCGUAGGAGCGGCGCAACUUCCUUCAUUCCUCGCUGUGGCGGCGCGGGUCCGGAGCCCCGCAGUGGCGGGCAGAUCUGGAACCCUGUAGGUGGAAAGGGUGGAAAAACACAUCAGUGACUAGUGUGAGAACCUGAGAGGUAGGUGUGGAGCAUUCUGGGCCUGACUGGAACCCCUGCUGUAGAAGUUCCCCCCGGACACCCACCCAGUAAUUGGCCAUCUCCUCUGAGCCUCUAUGCUUUUGGCACCUCAUCUAUGCUCUGUUCCCUCUGGUACCCCAUAGCACAUGCAGAGUCCUGUGCCAGACCAUGGCUGCCCUGGUUCUUCUGGUUUUCCUGCAGGCCAGAAUUUCCCAUCUCCUUUCCCCUGACAGAGUAAUCCAGCAGUAGGAGUUGUUACCAGGACUUGGGGUUUUGGGUUUUUGUUUUUUGUUUUUUUUUUUUCUGUCAUCUCAGCCUGAAGCCCUUUUAAGCUCGUAGUCCCAGGAGUGGAAGGGCUGCCUGAAACUCCCCCCGCCAGGCUGGAGAGUCAGAGUUCCUGAAGCAGGCCAGGUGCCCUCUCUGAGGUUUUCUCUGCCAAGCUUAGCAGAGGACGCCUGUGACAAGUAAUGAGUCUGCAGGUCCUAAAUGGCGAAAAUGUCACCAGUGAAAAAAGUACAGAAAGCUCCGACUUCCUGUUUUCACCACCACAACUUACCGGAAGCUUGUCUGUUCUUCGUCCAUCACAGAAAGAAAAUGUGCCACCUAAGAACCUGGCCAGAGCUAUGAAGGUGACUUUUCAGACCCCUCUGCGGGAUCCCCAGACACACAGGAUCUUAAGUCCCAGCAUGACUAGUAAACUCGAGAUGCCUUUUGUGCUGUAUGACACCACUGGGUUGGAAAACUCUCACCAGGUCUGGACACAGAAAGAGAACCAACAGUUUAUCAAGGAAGUGGACUCCAAAACGACCAAUGGAAUUUUGCAGAAACAAGUGGUGGCUGGUGCUGACACUGCUUCAGGAAAUAGAGCUCCAGCCUUUGAAGGUGGCACCUCCAGGGAGCUGGGCCUGGAUCCCCCAGCUAACCCAGGGGCUUCCAGCUCUCCUCAGAGCCCAGGAAGUCCCAGAAGCCAGAUGGCAUCUUCGAAGAAAACUGGCAGCCCUGAGCAAGCGGUGGAGGAACCUGCUAGAGCUCCUUCCUCAGACUGGAGUGUGACACCCUUCUCCGAGACCCUGGGAGACCCUCCCAGGACAGCAGCCAUUGUCAAAGCAGAGAUUCCUCUCAAGGCUGAGGGAGAAAAUGCAAGUGGCCGGGGCUGUGCCUCCUCAGCCACAGCUGCUGCACCUCUGAUCACAAGCCCCAAGGGAGUGUGUGGAGGGGUGUCCCCUGCAGGCCUGCCUAGUGAGGCCCCAGCCUCCCCUGGGGGCGUGGGCACCCCCAUGCCAGCAGACAGCGCCCAGUCCCUCACCCAUCCUGAGAAUGCACCCGCACCUGGGCCCCUGGUGGCUGACAGGGCCACAACCCUGAGUCCUAGAGAAGAGGCCACUGGCCAAAAGGCCAACUCCUGGCAGAGUGAACCCCUAAGACUAGAAUUUGAUUUUUCUGAUGGUGUCACCAGCAAAAGGGCACCCCCACAGAAGAGACUUGGAAAGAGACCGGGCCUCAAACCCCCCUCAAAGAGCAUGGAGGUGGGGCAAGAACAGGAGGCCAAGGAGGGAAGCACAGGUAAGGGGCAGGCUGAGCACCCCAAGCCUGCUCCCUGGGGCUCUUACCACCUCAACUGGGACGAGCUGGGUGGCCCAGACUUAAACCCAUUUGGAGGCGACGCCGAGUCUGCUGAUAGGGAAGCCAGGCCCCCAGGAAGCUCUGAGACCAUGCCAGCCCAGCCUGUGGCUGAGCAGCUGGGAGCUGGGCCUCAGGCCACCGAGGACUCAAGUGUGAGCCUGCAGCUGUUUCCAACCUCAGUGGAGGACACACCUGUGACGCAGACAACAGCCGAGACCCCAAGUGCCGACAGUAAGGCGGGAGACAAGAAUUCUUCGGACACAUCGGCUCCCAUGAGCUAUCAGGGCAGUGAGGCUGGCCUCCCCACUCAUCACGGGCCACAGCCUGCCUUGGAGCUGAGAGAAGAGAGCUUCAGAGACCCUGCUGAGGUUCUAGGCACGGGGGCUGAGGUGGACUACCUGGAGCAAUUCGGAGCUUCCUCGUUUAAGGAGUCAGCCUUGAGGAAGCAGUCCUUAUACCUCAAGUUUGACCCACUCCUGAAGGACAGUCCUCAUCGACCAGAGGCUGUAACCACUGGGCCAGACAGCUUGCAGGACAAGGACCGGCCUUCCUCAGGAAACCCACCAGAAGCCACCCUUGUGGAGCUUGACUUCUUGGGAGCACUGGAUGCACCUGUGCAGGGCCCAUCCCUGUGCAUCCUUGGGCCUGGGGGUCCACCUCUGCUUUCCACGGGGCCUAUCCUGGACCUGCUGCAGUACAGCCAGAAGGACCUAGAUGUGGCCGUGAAGGCAGCACAGGAGGAGAACCUGGAGCUGAAAAGCAGGUGUGAGGAGCUGCACAGGAGAAAUGUGGAGCUGGGGAAGAUCAUGGACAGGUUUGAGGAAGUCGUGUACCAGGCAAUGGAGGAAGCUCAGAAACAGAAAGAUCUUGCCCAAGCUGAAAUCCAGAAGGUUCUAAAAGAAAAAGAACAACUUAUUGCAGAUCUGAACUCCAUGGAAAAGUCCUUCUCUGACCUCUUCAAGCGGUUUGAGAAGCAGAAGGAGGUUAUUGAAGGCUACCGCAAGAAUGAAGAGUCACUGAAGAGGUGCGUUGAGGAGUACUUGGUGAGGAUUGAUAAGGAGGGCCAGAGGUACCAAGCACUGAAGGCCCAAGCGGAAGAGAAGCUUAAGCUGGCAAAUGAGGAGAUUGCCCAGGUCCGGAGCAAGGCCAAAGCAGAGGCCUUGGCCUUGCAGGCGAGUCUGAGGAAGGAGCAGAUGCGGAGCCACUCUUUAGAGAAGAUGGUGGAGCAGAAGACUAAAGAAAAUGAUGAGCUGACCAGGAUCUGUGAUGACCUCAUCUCCAAGAUGGAGAAGAUCUGACCAGCCGCCACCUUCCCUCCUGUCUUAGUUUUUAUGUUCUUUCUACCCUCUUAACUUCCCAACUUUUUUUUUUUAAGCUAGAUUGCAUUUAAAAAGAUUAAAUAAAGUUUCUUUUUUUAUUUUUUUUUUUGGCCGGGGCUGGGUUUGAACCCACCACCUCUGGCAUAUUAAAUAAAGUUUCUCUUAUGUUCAAACUCUGAGGUUACCUGGUAUUGGUUAAAAUGAAGAUUUCCUAUUUCCUGGCUCUGGCCUGAGUCUGAUCGUGUCCACAGCCAUUGCUGCCACGUGCAGUGUGUGAGUCCCUCUCCCUGCCCUCCAAGCUGCCCGCCUCCAUCCUGCCUCC